AUGAAUUCCGGCGGUUUUGUCCGGCGGCUUACCGGCGUUUCUUUUAAUCACCUAUGGUCACUCAUCGCCGGCCUGCUUCCAGAGAGAACAGACAAUGAAAUCAAGAACUACUGGAACACACACAUCAAGCGGAAGCUCUUCAGCCGCGGCAUCGAUCCCCAAACUCAUCAUCCCAUCACCGCGGCGACCGCCGCUUUUCUAACUUUGCCGGAGAUUUUUUCACCCGUGCUGGAAACCGCCGAUACAUCCGAUAACAAGUGUCACAGUGAUAGCUGCUCUGGCGGCGGCAGUCCAAACUACGUUGACCUCAACCUCGACUUGUCAACGAACAAGCCUCCUCUUUUGAAGAAGUUGGUGCUCGCCAGAGACCCUCAAAAAGUGAAAGGAAGUCUCCUCGCCACUGACACCGUCAACAGCGAGGUCCGCGAUGGAGACGCCAUGUGCCCGGCGAAGAAACGUAUACAGCACCUGACACCGCGUUUUUACCGAAGAAGCCAUCAAUGCGGAUGA